GGACCGGAUCACCCUUUCCACUUCUUCACCACAAACCUCUACCAAAAUAUGUCUUCAAAUUCAAAGGCAAACGGAAGGCCUUCAAAUCAGACAAGAAGGCCAUCUGUUCGAUUCUCAGAACAAAAUCAAACAAUAUUCAAUAUUCAAGAUGAUGAAGAUGGAGAAGAAGCAGAUUUGAGUAAAGGGUUGAAUGGACAUACCAAUCAUAAAUAUCAUGCUGGAAUACUGUUUGAUGAAGAUGAAGAAGACAACGAAAAUAAAUCACCUUCGAAAAAAGGAGCGAGAGCAUACGGCCUAAAGUCAACGCAAUCAUCAAGAGAAGCGGAAUUUGAUGCAGACGAUUCAGAUGUUGAAGAGGAAGAAUUACAAGCAGCACUUCGAAGUACUGAUGAAUUAAACGCAGACGUCUCAUCAAGAUCUCAGAGAGGCGGUUUCAGGAUAAUGGACCAUCUACCUCCGGCUAUGAACAGAGCAAGACAGAGUAUAAGUGACGCAACCGGUCAUGAUUUUCGAGAAAGCUUGCGGAGAACGAUGGAAAGCGAAGAAUUACCGGACUGGCUACGGAGAGGUGCAGGAAUACUGGACAGUACCUGGAAUAUGAGCAAUAGCAUUUUAGGUGCAGGUGUGGUCGGUUUACCUUACUCGCUUCGGGCUUCGGGUUGUUUUGCUGGAAUUGGUUUGAUCUUACUUAUUGCAAUGCUGACAGAUUGGACGAUUCGUUUGAUCGUGCUAAACGCAAAGCUAUCCGGACGGACGACAUACAUAGACAUCAUGGAUCAUUGUUUCGGUAAGAAUGGAAGGGUGGCUGUCUCAAUCUUUCAAGGCGCUUUCGCUUUCGGUGGAAUGUGUGCUUUUAUCGUGGUCAUCGGAGACACCAUCCCUCAUGUGCUAUCUUCACUUAUACCCGCACUUGAGCAUUCGUUUUUGACGUCAAGAGCUUUCAUCAUGAUUGUUUGCACGAUGAGCAUAUCCUUUCCACUCUCUCUAUAUCGCGAAAUCGAAAGCUUGAGUAGGGCAAGCGCAAUUGCGUUGAUCAGUAUGGUUUUGAUCAUCAUUACUGUUAUCGUUCGAGGACCGGCAAUGCCUGCAGAAUUGAAAGGUGACCCCAGUUUACGAUUCACUGUUAUCAACAUUUCCAACGUCGUCCGAUCAAUCGCUGUCAUUUCUUUCGCAUUUGUUUGUCACCACAACUCCUUGCUGAUUUAUGGAAGUUUGAAGGAACCUUCAAUGGACCGAUUCGGCAAAGUUACGCACUAUUCGACAGCUAUUGCUGCUGCUGCUUUGGUGUCAAUGAGCUUGGCAGGAUAUUGGACCUUUACAGAUAAAACACUGGGAAACGUCUUGAAUAACUUUCCUCCGGAUGAUACGAUGGUCAACAUUGCACGAUUUUGCUUCGGAAUGAACAUGCUAACAACAUGGCCUUUGGAAUUAUUCGUCGCACGAGAAGUGAUUGAGACAUACUUUUUCGAAGGCGAAUAUGAUCAUCGGCGACACAUUAUCGUAACAUCAGCGCUAACGGCAGCUUCACUGAUCGUCAGUCUUUUAGCAACCGAUUUGGGAGUUGUUCUGGAAGUGACAGGAGGAUUGAGCGCUACUGCACUCGCCUUCAUCUUUCCGGCAAUAUGUUACUUGAAGCUUUGUGAUCAAGAGCCAAGCCAGAGUGCAGCAAAUGCAAGGAGGGAAGGACGUGGAGACUAUGCGGGAAUAGGAAGUGAAGAUCAAGAUGAGGAAGAAGAUGAUAAUGCAUUGCAUCGUGAAAUGCAUGGUGACAUCUCUGCGGAUGAUGUUGAAUUGCCACUUCGGCCUGGAGCACAAUUGCGAAGAAGGGGAGCUGAAUUAAGUGGAAAGGAAACACCUUGGUACUUGACAACGAAACCUUUGGCUGUUGCAUGUACUGCAUUUGGAUGUUUCGUUUUAGUCGUUUCUACAAUCACGACGAUCAAAGAUGCUUUGACAGGCAGCGGUGGACCACCGAUUCCUCCUCCUAAUCAAUUACCUGGAAGUGCGGCAGGAAAAGAAGCUUUGGAAUCACUGUCUUCUACCCUUUCCUCGGCACUUUCAUCAACAGGUUCAGCAACAGCAUCAAAUGCCAGUACAACAGCACUCAAUACCGCAGCUGCAACAUUAGACAGCACUAAAAAUAUUCUAGAAAUUCAUAGUUAGACGUCUGGCUCCUCCAGCAUUGUUGCAUUAAUUCAUCUUUCCCAUCAGCACUUUAGCACACGAUCAAUGAUCCACUUGCAAUGUAUAAAAUCACAAUUGAGACAAAACGAAUUGGUUGAUACUGUACAGAUGGUAGUGGUUAACGUUUCCCAUUUUAAUGCGAUAAAAAUCGACU